AUGGGGGCACCUGUUCUGGAACUUCGGGAUAUUACUUGCUACCUUAAAAGAGGGACCAACAUAUUCUCUAAUAUCAGUUUUACUGUUAAUGAAGGCGACAUUGUGGUGCUGCAAGGAAGAAGUGGGUCGGGUAAAUCGACGUUGCUCAAAUGUAUCUCCCAUUUGACCAUGCACACCGGUGAAAGUCUGUAUAGAGGACGGACUGCUCUGGAUUAUGGAAUUCCUGCAUAUAGAACAAAAAUUUUGUACGUGCCUCAGCGGCCUUCUCUUUUGCCUGGCUCUCCGUUCGACUUCCUUGUCACCAUUACGAAGCUGCGGUCCCACCAGGCUCUGGCGCGUGACAAUGCUAACAGCUCGCCGAAUGAGUUACUCGCGCGUGCCAUUGAAGUAGGAGAAGCGUUUGAGAUACAGGCAGACCUUUGGCACCGUUCUUGGAUGAACCUUAGUGGAGGCGAAGGUCAACGAAUUUUGCUGGCUGCAGCCAUAUCUUUGGACACGGCAGAGAUACUACUACUUGAUGAGCCCACUUCUGCUCUAGACCAAGAGACAUCGCUACUAGUAGAACAAGCCAUAGUGGAGAGGGUCUAUUCCACUAAAACCACAUUGAAAGCAGUGAUAUGGAUAUCACAUUCACCCGAGCAGAGUCGAAGGGUGGGAAGCAGGUUUAUACAUUUGUCCGCUGGAGGCUGUUAUGAGACAGACGACCCAACCCCUUCGCCCUCUCCCUCUACCCCUGUGGGGUAA